AUGGAAAUUGUUACAAUUAGCAAAACAAUUGAACCAGGUAAAAAGAAUAUCAUCACAUUUGAACCGAAAUGCGAAAUCGACCAAGAUGAUGCAAAAGUUGAAGAAAUUAAUAACAAUCCUUCACAGUCACUUCGUGGUGGAGGCGAUCUAUUUGACAUCUGUUGUAUUGCAUGUACAGCCUGCUGUGUUUGCGAAGCAAUCGAAUGUGCUGAAUGCUGCGAAGAUUGUUGUUAA